CUUCCGUAGUUCCGUCAGAAGGUUAAAUAAGAGGAGCGCGCAGAAGACGGGGAGUUUAUAAAUCAGUUAAACUCAAGCAGGAUAAAUCCAGGACCUGAGUUUGACCCCUGGUUUCAUGUUUUCCUGAUUCAGCUCCAGAUGGAUGUGAUCGUUAGCUAGUGAUGCAAAACACUGGUCUAAAAUCUUCGGCUCCCAAGUUCCCCUGCUAUGUUUUGCCCUUCUGUGGACUGCAAACAAGAGAAGCCCAACAGGAUGACCAAUGUGCUCUGUAGCAGAGUCAGGCUGGUUACGUACCUGCCAGGGCUUCAUGUUCUGGUGCGGCGCAUCACAGCAGCCCGAUCUUUCUCUGGAGCGUCCGGCUCCGACGAGCCUCAUCUCAACAUCACACCCCCUGAUAUGGGUCCAAGAACUGUAUGGCCAGAUGAGACCAUGGGCCCAUUUGGACCUCAGGACAAGCGCUUCCAGCUGCCCGGGAACGCAGGUUUUGCCUGCCAUCUAGAGGGCAUAGCACAGCAGAAGACCACCACUGUCCACAGGACGGUACCAGAUGUGCUCACAGCACAGUCCAGCAGCGAGAGGCAUGAGUUUGUCCUGGCUCAGUUUGUCGGCGAGUUCCAUGGGAAAGAUGAGGCUUCAUCACAGAGUGUCAGCAGUGUGGAGCAGUAUUUUGACCAUUCUAAAGUGGAAUGCGCGAUACAGUCCUGCCCAGAACUGCUUAAGAAAGACUUUGAGUUGAUGUUCCCUGAGGCCCCCUCCAGCGGCAUGAUGGUGGUCACCGUAACUCAGAAAACAGAGAACGAUAUGACCGCUUGGUCAGAGAAGGUGGACCAGGAGAGAGAGGAGCUACUGGCUAAAUUCAUUGCUGGGGCAGAAGAAAUCUGCCUCGCCCUCCAGACUGAGGGGUUUUGGGCCGACUUUAUAGACCCAUCAUCUGGGCUCGCAUUCUUCGGUUCCUACACAAACAACACACUCUUCGAAACAGAUGAACGCUACCGCCACCUGGGUUUUCAAAUCGAGGACCUCGGCUGCUGCAAAGUGAUUCGCCACAGCUUGUGGGGGACGCAUGUGUUUGUGGGAACAGUUUUCACCAACGCACCACCCAACAGCCUUAUAAUGAAGAAGCUGCAAGGGAAGUAAUGUAUUACGUGCUGGGUGGAACCAUAUCUUGGAAUACUUUUUUCGAUCAAAGCUGUUUUUCCAAUCUCCAUACUCGAAUGCUCAAAGUGUGCUCAACCAGCUCACAGCACCAAAUGCACUGAGAGGGCUCAAGUAUAGAGACAGAAAAAAUGGCACAGAAUUUGAUUGCGUUCUCUCAGAUUUAUUGUAAAUCCCUAUGGGGCACUUAGCCAAGUCAGCUGGUGACAGGCACUAUGAAAAUGUAUUUAUUUUUUUGAGGAUGAGAUGAUUAUCGAUGAAAGCUAAAGAAGUAAAACAUCAGAUAACUCUAAAACACAUAUUUAUCCUUGUUGCCUUUCCUUUAAAUGCAGACCUCACAGAGUUGAACCAGUUUAGUGUUAGUGUUUUUUUCUGUUGUACUGUAGUAUCUGUCUUUGUAAGGUAAUUGACCAGAUCUCACUACAUUAGACAACUUAAAAGUUGCUAGAUAGCUACUGUAGACCGUUCAACUCAAAUGGAAGCUUCUUCUGAAGGGUCAUGCUACAAUAAACAGAUACUUCCUAAUUCUGUUGAACAAGAAUUCCAUAACUGUUGGUGGAAGAUUUGAUCAUGGAUUUGAUCAUUGUAUGAAAAAAGCUGAAUAAAUGAGUGGAGAAACAUAA